AUGGCCAGUCUAGAAGAUUUGAUUCCCACAGUGAACAAACUGCAAGAUGUUAUGUAUGAUGCUGGGAUUGAUACUUUGGAUCUGCCGGUGUUAGCUGUCAUUGGAUCACAAUCAUCUGGCAAAUCAUCCAUCCUCGAGACACUUGUCGGCAAAGAUUUUUUGCCUCGAGGUACUGGAAUCGUCACCCGAAGACCUCUUGUUCUUCAACUGAAUAAUUUGGCCUCUAACUCACCACUGAUCAACGAAUAUGAGGAGGAUAGUGAGCGCGACGACAUUGUGGAAGACAAGGAGCCAACGUUGGAGGACCAUUUGCGCAAAACGCAAGGGUAUGAAGCUCAACGCAAUGACGAAUGGGGUGAGUUUUUGCACUUGCCUGGGCGUCGCUUUUAUGAUUUUGCUGACAUCAGAAAUGAAAUUCAGAAUGAGACGGCUAGAAUUGCAGGAAAGAAUAAAGGAAUCAGCCGCAUCCCAAUCAACCUUAAAAUCUAUUCACCACGAGUAUUGAACCUUACCUUGGUGGAUUUACCGGGUAUUACAAAGGUCCCAAUUGGAGAACAGCCUGCGGACAUUGAAAGACAGAUCAAAAAUUUAAUUCUUGAAUAUGUGGCAAAGCCAAACUGCAUUAUAUUAGCCGUGUCUCCAGCAAAUGUAGAUCUGGUGAAUUCUGAAUCAUUAAAGUUAGCGAGGGAAGUGGAUCCUCAUGGAAAGAGGACGAUAGGCGUAGUCACGAAGAUGGAUCUCAUGGACAGCGGAACCAAUGCUCUCGAUAUUCUAUCAGGAAAACUAUAUCCUUUGAAACUUGGCUUCGUCGGUGUGGUCAAUAGGUCUCAGCAGGAUAUUCAAGCCAAUAAGAGCGUCGAGGAGGCCUUGAACAACGAAGACGCCUACUUCAUUCGCCAUCCUGUUUAUAGGACGAUUUCCACCAGAUGUGGCACGAGAUAUCUAGCCAAGCUUCUGAACCAAAUUUUGAUGAAUCACAUCCGUGACAAACUGCCCGAUAUCAAGGCCAGGCUGAACACCUUGAUCGGUCAAACAGAACAAGAGUUGCAAACAUACGGUGGAACUGGAAUUAUUACAAAGGAAAAUCGUGCUAGUUUGGUCCUGCAACUGAUGAAUAAAUUUGCUGCCCGUUUCGUUUCUUCCAUUGAAGGAACUUCUUCUGACAUUAGUACGAAGGAAUUAUGUGGGGGGGCCAGAAUUUACUACAUUUAUCACAAUAUUUUUGGAAACUCAUUGGAGUCUAUUAAUCCAACAGAAAACUUAUCCACUACAGACAUCCAAACCGCUAUUCGAAACUCUACGGGUCCACGACCAUCGUUGUUUGUUCCAGAAUUAGCGUUUGAUCUACUAGUUAAACCUCAAAUCCACCUCCUUUUGGGACCUUCUGAACGGUGCGUUGAGCUUGUUUAUGAGGAACUUAUGAAAAUUUGCCACAACUGCGGCUCUCCAGAGCUAGCACGCUAUCCUAAGCUGCAGUCCAAGCUUAUCGAGGUUGUGAGUGAACUAUUAAGAGAGAGAUUGGGGCCAACGCGCUCUUACGUGGAGAGUUUGAUCGACAUUCACAGAGCAUACAUAAAUACCAACCAUCCUAAUUUUCUGAGUGCCACAGACGCGAUGGCUGAUAUCGUCGACGCAAGAAAGCGUAGAAGAACUCGCGGUCCACAAACCAUGGAUCUUGAGCAUGCUAAAAAAGUUCUCAACAAUGAUGCCUCGAAAAAAGAAGCUAGCAGUUCUUCUCCAGUACCGGAGUCCGAAAAUAUUGGUGGUAGCGAGAGCUCCUCUGAAGACGACGAAAAGGACCCUUCUAAGCAGUCCAAAGACUCAUUUUUAAACUAUUUUUUUGGAAAAGAACAGCAAAGAUCCCAUCAAAUGAAUGGACUGAAGGAUGCUUACAGCAUGAGUGCUAACCAGCCACAAACCAAUGAUCUCCCGGACUUCGAAAAUUUUCGCAUUCAGGAAGCCUCUCAACCAACUGACGAUCACCAGCCACAAUUAACUGAAAGAGAAGAACUUGAAUGUGAGUUAAUUAGAAGACUGAUUGUUUCGUACUUUGGAAUUGUUAGGGAAAUGAUCCAAGAUCAAAUUCCAAAGGCCGUUAUGUGCUUGCUCGUGAAUUUCUCCAAAGAGAUUAUACAAAAUCGUCUCGUGACCAAACUUUACAAAGAAUCUCUUUUCGAGGACCUGCUCAUGGAGGAUCAAAACUUAGCACAGGAUAGACAAAAAUGUGUCAAGCUUCUGGAAACGUACACAGAAGCAUCAAACAUUAUCGGGGACAUUUUGUAA